AGUACCCGGCAGCACCGCGCACAGUCCCGGCCGGCUCAGCUCAACCUCCGCAGACGCUCUCUCUGUGGUAGCCGGUUAGCAUCAUGGCGAACGUCGUGGAUACUAAGCUGUACGACAUCCUCGGAGUUUCACCCUCUGCCUCUGAAAAUGAGCUAAAGAAGGCUUACCGAAAACUGGCCAAAGAAUACCAUCCUGACAAAAACCCCGAUGCUGGAGACAAGUUCAAAGAGAUAAGCUUUGCAUACGAGGUAUUGACAAACCCAGAGAAGAAGGAGCUGUACGAUCGUUAUGGAGAACAAGGUCUACGGGAGGGGGGAGGCGGAGGGCCCGGCAUGGACGAUAUCUUUUCCCACAUUUUCGGUGGGGGGCUGUUUGGAUUCAUGGGCGGGCAAGGCAGAGGACGAAACGGAGGCCGGAGAAGAGGAGACGACAUGGUUCACCCGCUCAAAGUGUCUCUUGAAGACCUGUACAAUGGGAAAACCACAAAGCUGCAGCUUAGUAAGAAUGUGCUGUGUGGUGCCUGCAAUGGUCAGGGGGGUAAGGCUGGAGCAGUGCAGAAGUGUGUGGCAUGCAGAGGACGAGGCAUGAGGAUCAUGAUCAGACAGCUGGCCCCGGGCAUGGUUCAACAGAUGCAGUCCGUCUGCACAGACUGCAAUGGAGAGGGCGAGGUCAUAAACGAGAAGGAUCGCUGCAGAAAGUGCGAGGGUCAUAAAGUGUGUAAAGAAACGAAACUGCUCGAGGUUCAUGUGGACAAAGGCAUGAAACACGGACAGAAGAUCACAUUCUCUGGAGAAGCCGAUCAAGCACCCGGCAUCGAACCAGGGGACAUAGUUCUAGUGCUGCAAGAGAAAGAACAUGAGGAUUUCCGUCGUGAAGGCAGCGAUCUUCACAUGGUCCAGCGCAUUGGUCUGGUCGAAGCUCUGUGCGGCUUCCAGAUGACUGUCACACACCUGGACGGACGUCAGUUGCUUGUUAAAUACCCACCUGGCAAAGUCAUUGAGCCAGGCUGCAUUCGAAUGGUGAAAGGAGAGGGAAUGCCACAGUACAGAAAUCCAUUUGAGAAGGGAGACCUCUACAUUAAAUUUGACGUCCAAUUCCCUGAAAACAAUUGGAUUAGCCCUGAAAAGCUGAAUGAACUUGAAUGCUUGCUGCCCGCCCGUGCCGAGAAUCCCGUUAUUGCGGCGGACGCAGAGGAGGUCGACCUGAUAAACUUCGACAAAAGUCAAGGUUUAGGAGGAGGAUCGAGGAGAGAGGCCUACAAUGAUAGUUCGGAUGAGGAAGGGGGCCACCACGGCCCGGGGGUGCAGUGUGCACACCAAUAGAAAAGACUCAUACAUAAGACUCGCAUACACAUAAAAGCAUAAAUACACAAACAUCCCUAAAUCUCGUCGCUAACAUCGUCCAAGACUUACUGCACACAUACACACACACACACACAUACACCUCUCUAAAAAAAAAAAAAAACGAAAAGGAAAGAAAAAAAAAAGCAACACACACAAAUAUCGACCCUCUCAGUUCCAUGGUGCCCAUAAGUUGAAGAGAUCCCGGACGUACGAUGAUCAUUUUGUGUUUAUGGACUGUAGUGCUCAUCAGAAGGCGGUCUCACUCAGAGGUUCAGUGACUGGCUCAACGGUUCGAACCGCCUCGUUUUCAUCCCAAGCUUUUCACCUUUCACUGUGGGGAAACACCAGUCUAAUGUAUGAAAUGCAAAUAUUGUCCACUAUCUUGUAAAAGGUGUAGUUUAGUCAGUCACACUCAAGCGCAUGCUGCUUCUUGCUCCAGAUCAUGGCCCCCCCCCCGCGGAGGUUCUGGGUCCAGAUACCACACCUGCUUCAGUUUCAGUGUGUCGCUGCUGUCAGAGCGAAGCCCGUUACGUCCCGAAAAGCGUGUCCUCUGCACAGGCUGCUGAGAGCGGCACAGCGAACCCACCUCAUUCCUUUAAAGGGUCACCGUUCAUAUUUUAAGAAUCGCGUAUGCUGGUUCUGUGCAUUUAUGUAUCGGUCAUGUUUAUCCAGUGAUAAUGCCAGAGUUUAUCACAGACUGGACAGGAACCUUUCUUUUUUUUUUUUAAGUCUGGAAUUGAAGCUUUUCUGUCUUUGUUAGUGGGAAUGUUUGUGUUUGAGGCCACAGAACCUGAAGUUGUGUGCUCUUUUUUUUUUUUUUUUGGAGUUGAGGACACACUUGGGUAUUUUGUAUGUGUGUAAUGCAGUGGCUCAGUGUGUGGGAGCUGCUGUGGAAUGUUCUUGCUUAUUUAGGGUUGUAGGUAUUCCUGCUUUGUGUUGGACUGCAGUGUGAGCUGACGCCAUAUGAAAUCAGCCAACGAGGAAAAA